UCCUUGCGGCAGCUUUUAUUGGACGUGCUGCUGUCAAGCAGUGCCGAAGAAUUGGAAGGGCAAACGCUAGAAAGGCAGAGAAAAAUACUUAAAUAAUUCACCAUUAUGUAGCGAAUUUCUGUAUUUUGCGUUUAUAAAGAACAAUCACCCACCUUCCUUUCUGAAAACCGAAACUUGGGGACGCGCAGCGGUCUGUUUUUUAUGCGAUUGGUCUGAUCCAGAGGAGGUACCUCUUCAACAGAUCAUUUGACAGCACUCUUCAUAUUUUUUUCAGAAAGAGGAAAAAAUUGCAACUCAUUUUUACCCAGUUUUCUAUCUCUGUCGGGUCGUCUUCAAGCUGACAGUGGAUGUCUGAAUGAAGAUUCUACCAAAAGAUUUCUGUUUCGCCUAAUUGGUAUUUUUUGGCAGAUAAAUGGCAUGUUUUGUCGGACUAAAUUGCAUUUUGUUGCAAGGGGGAGUCUUGAGAUUGGAGCGACAGUCGAGGGGAGCACCAUGCAGUGUGAAUAUUGUAGCCUGUUGAUGAUGGAGUGUAUGAGGCUGGAACAAACUGUCGUGAGAACCGGAUUGUGGCCAAUGUCUUGAAAUGAAGUGGCUAACCAGAUAGUCAAAGAAGAACAGUAGUCCAAUGGAAUUGGAUGGUUUUGGAUGGGGAGGACGGUUUCAGCAGAAGGCUUAUUGGACGAACAUGGAUAAAACUUUUGCUUGAAUUCAACAAGAAGACUGACGUUUACUUGAAAAUAGUAAAGUUUAAAAAUACAUACAUUCAGAGAGAGCGAGCAAAUGAUGUACGAAUCCGAGGCGGGGAAGCCGUGUCAUGAAGGAUAAAUUGGCUCUGGAAUAGAACCAUAGAACAGCGGCGUUCUAAAUAACGGGAUUCGUGUUAGCAAGAAUAAAACGGCGCGUGUAGAAAAUCUCUCGAAAUUGCUUCAUGUAAAAAAAAUAAAAAAAAUCGGAGAGAGGAAAUCUGUUUCCUGGUUAGGGGGGGUGGGGGGUGGGGGGAACAUCUAUUAUUCAUGCUUAGUGUUAGGGAAACUGGAGAGAACGUUUAGCAUUACGAUUUAUAAAGAGGGAGAAAAAGACCUCCAGAAGAUAUCAGUGGAGAGAUACCGAAUGACAGUCGUCCAGGUAUUGGUAAAGCACUUGAGCUAGAGGGAUUGGCUGAAGUGGGGCUGAAGCAUGGGCUGUGCUUCAAGCAUUCAUAUCUCCGAUAGGGUGGUCUAUCAAAGUGGAAAGGAAUCAGACGAUUCCCAGCAGACCAAUACCACUCCUGCCCCAGGACUUCUGAUCAAACCCAACACUGUCAAGAACACAUUUACCCAGGUGCAGUUUGGACCAAUGAGGUUAUACGAAGAUCAUCUUGAGGUACUGUUAGUAUUUGCCAAAGAGGACAGCCAGAAUAAUGGGUUCUGCUGGGCGUGUGAGAAGGCCAACUUCAGGUGUAACGUGGCGAGGACGCCAGAGGCGGCGCUGGAGUGUUUCCAGGAAAAGCACCACGACCUCGUCAUCAUCGACCACAGACAUUCCAGAUACUUCGACGCUGAAUCACUAUGCCGGACUGCUCUGACCCUGGGCUGUGAGUAUGCCUGUAAGGACGCGGUGGAGGUCCUUCUGAAGAGCGGCGCCGACGUGACGGCCGUGGACAGCUUUGGCCACGACAGUUUCCACUACGCCCGCCUCAGCAAAAACCAGGAGCUGGUCAGCCUUUUCAAGACCUACCUCGACAACGUCACCAAAGCAAAAGAAGCUGCCAAGAUGGAGCAGAAGAAGCGACAGCACUCAGUGGAGAUGACUGAACAGGCCGAAGCCAACGUGAGGGACCUGGAGAGACAGAACGAGAGCCAGCAGGAGACUCUGAGGAAGUUUCACCUGGAGCAGAGGGCUCUGAUGGACAAGGUCAAGCUACUGCAGCAGCAGCUCAGUCAGGAAAAACAUACAGUGGAAUGCAUCCAUAAAGAGAGGGAACAGCUGAAGCUCUUACUGAGUGCCAAAGACAGGGAGGAGGGGGCUCGGGCCCCAGAGACUGUCAAGGUUCAGCUCAGGAGCCACAUGGGGGACUACUCUGGCCAGUCUGUUAUCAAAGGAAAAGACAACGUCCUCGUCAAACAAUCUCAAAGCCUGGAUUCAGCGCAGGUGCUGCAGUCGUCCGGUCUUUCGCACUCACUGUCCCGUCCCCUGGAGCUUGCGGGACGUCCUGGUGUGGGCUGGGACCCAGUCGAGGAGGUGGAGGCCCUGCGGCGCGAGCUGGAGACGGUGAGGAGGCGGCAGCAGACUGCUGAGGAAGAGGCUCUUCGCCUGCAGGCGGCACUGGCCCGCAAAAGCCAGGAGUGCCAAGAGCUGGCCCAGAGCCGGGAGACCAUCCAGCGGCAGGCAGACCGGCAGGUCCAGGAGCUGGAGGAGGCACUGGGGGACGUCCAGAAGAGGAUGCUGGACUCUGAAGCCAAGGUCAAGCAGCUCCAGGCCCACGUGGUGGCGGUCAAGGAGCACCUAGGAGGCCAGGCGGCCGAUGAGCUCCGUGCCCAGCUCCACGAUGUCAAGGCCAAGUACGAGGGCGCCUCGGCCGAGGUGGGGCGCGUGCGUAACCACCUGAAGCAGAGUGAGAAGGCCCUGGAGGAGUACAAGAGCAGCGAGGGCCAGCUGGCGGUGGAGGCAGAGCGGCUGGGCCUGGAGCUGACUGCCUUGCGGGAGGAGAGGGAUGAGCUGGCAGAGGCUCUGCUGGACAUGGAGGCCCUCAUUAAGGAGACCCAGGCACGGCAGGGAGAGAAGGUUGUGCCGGCAGAGAAGUUCGACAACAUGAAGAACCUGUUGAGCAAUGCGGUGGAUGAGAAGGAGCGUCAGCUGGCAGAGCUGCGGGAGGACUAUGACCGUGUGCUGGAGGAGGUGGCUGAGCUACACAGGGAAAUGGACAGCCAGCCUGCCCAGGCCGGGACAGGGGCGGUCCCUCUGCAGGAGCAUGAGAGGAUGAGGACGACCCUGGAGGAACAGAGUUCCUCCCUGAAGAGGAGGCUGGCGGACAUAACUGCCAAGAGCCAGGCACUGAUCCGCCAGGUAGAGGAGAGCGAGGAGGAGCGGGAGAUGCUCCAGGAGCAGCUGGAGGAGCUCAAUAGCAGGGUGGAGGCCAACUUCAUCCCCCUCAAGGCCCACGAAGAGGCCAAGAGCGCCCUGGAGAGAGCUGUGGAGGAGCUGGAGGAGAGGCUGGUGGAGGCCGCAGAAAGGAACGGCCAGGCCGAGGUACAGAUCCAGAGGCUACAAACGGAGAGGGUCACCCUGUGUGAGAGCGUCACCAGCCUACAGAGCGCUACCGUGCCCUCCGAGAAGUUCCGGAGCGAAGUGGGUGCCCUGAAUGCUCGCAACGCUGAACUGGUGAAGGAACUGGAAGUGCUCCAGAAGAGGUUUGAAGAGAGAGAGAAGGAGCUGGCCCAGGUCACUGCCAAGAACCAGUCUCUGAAACAGAGCCUAAAUGGAGAGUACGUGUCCAGAGAGAAACAUGAGCAAGUGAAUAUGGAGCUGAGUGCUGCUUUGGAGAAGGCCAAGGCUGAGCUCUCCAAACUGGAGAUGGAGGGCAAAGAAAGUGAGGAAGAGUUGCAGAAGGUGAGAGAGGGUAGUGCAGAGUUGAAAGAGAAGCUGGAGAAUGUUCAGGUGAUGAUCGAAAAUGACUAUGUGUGCCUUAUAGACCAUGAAGCUGUAAGGGUUAAGUUGAGCAAUGCUGUUGUUGAGGCGGAGCAUCGGGCCAAAGAGGCGUUGGCAAGCUACCAGUCUGCGCAAGAUGGGACAGUAAAGCUUCACCAAGAAAUGGAGGCGCAGAAGAAAGAACUAGACACCAUCCAGGAAGCUAUCCAGGCCAAGUUUGUCCCGUUGACUGCCAUAGAGGAGAGGGAGAACUCCUACAACACCAAGCUGAAAGACUUGACAGGAAAGCUCUCGGAGAUGCAAGAGAAGUACAACCAGGAGAAGUUGGAGGGGGAACGUCACAAGCAGGAGAAAGAGAAACUGAAAGUGCAGAUGGAAUCUGUGCAGCAGAGAAUGGAGACAGGCUUUGUCGCCAGUGAAAAACACAAGGAGGUGGAAGAUGAGUACAGGGGUAAAAUGGAGGAGCUGACGCUGAGGUUGGUGGACCUGGAGCAGCAGUACAAAGACGUGACUGUGCAGAGGGCAGAGCUGGAGGAGCAGAAUGCCCUGAGUAACACUGACAUCCAGCGCCUGCAACAGCGCCUGGAAUCCGAGUCGGCCCGGCUGGAACACUAUGAGACCGAGCACCGAGCCCUGAGGGGCACCAUCCAGCAAGCCCAGGACGAGUGCCAGAAAGCCAGGGAGGCCCAGCGUGGGGAGGCCCAGAGAGCCUGCUCCUUGGAGAAGGAGCUCCAGGGAUGCUCCGGGGACCAGGCCGUCCUCCUGCAGCAGCAUGCUCAGGCCAAGGAGGCCCUGGAGGGGCAGGUAGCCCAGCUACUCGCUUCCCUUCGCCAGGAGCAGGAGACCAGCGCCCAGAGGGCCCAGAACGUGGCAGCCCUGCAGUCAGAGAUGCUCCGGGCCACCCAGGCCCUGGAGGAACUCGGAGGAAGAGAGGACCAGUUGAGCCAGGUGAAAGCCGAGAAGCAACGUCUGCAGGAAGAGACGGCGGCGUUGGGGGAGAGGCUAUCUGGGCUGGCGGAGCAGUGCGAGGUGCUCCAUCGUGAGGUGGCCCAGGCCAGGGAGGACGAGGGCAGGGCCAGGGAGGACAAGGCCAGGGCCAGGGUGGAAACUGAGGCCCUGCAGGAGAAGAGCAACACCAUGGAUAAGGAGAUCCGGGAGCUGAAGGAGAGGUACGAGGAGUCGCUCAGCACCAUCGGGGAGUUCCAGAGGAGGAUCCAGAUGUCGGCCGAGCAGACCGAGGUCAAAGACAAGAAGAUCAGCGAGCUGUUGACGGACGUGGAGAGACUGAAGCAGGCCCUCAACGGUCUGUCCCAGCUGGCCUACGCUGGCAACGCUGCACCCAAUAAGAGACAGAUGCAGCACAUCGACACACUCCAGGCCCAGAUCAAGAGCCUGCAGCAGCAGCUGGCUGAUGCUGAGAGUCAACACAGAGAGGUGGUUUCAAUUUAUAGAACUCAUCUCCUCAGUGCUGCACAGGGCCACAUGGAUGAGGACGUCCAAGCCGCCCUGCUGCAGAUCAUCCGCAUGAGACAGGAGUUUGUCUGCUAAAAGUCCAUUCAGCAUCAACAAAACACUACCCGCUGACUCAAAUCCACCAUUCACACAGCCCCAGCUACAGAGCACCCCCCCGCUGUGGCCCCUGUGGGCGCCUGGCGAGUGUGAGUGUGUGUUGGGAUUGUGUGUGUCUGUGUGGGAAGAGAUCCAUGUUAGUAUUCAAACAUAAUCCUCCCUAUAUGUCUAGAUUGGUUUGUGUGUUUCAACAGAACUAAGACCAAGUGUUGUGGGUGGACAUAGAUAUACAGUAGAUAUACGGUAGAUAGAGAGGGUAAGGGUAGACGAUGGGUUGUACCUUCGCUAGGUGGAUAAACCUCAGCAUAGGUGAUGGACUCAGUGGGAUACUGUAGCUGGUGACCAAUAGAAUGUACUAAUGUCCUUUGAAAACAUGAGCAUGAUGAACUGCCUAUGCAGGCCUUUCUCUUCCUGACUACUCUGUUAAGGCUCCAUGAAACAGGAUAUUCAAUGCCUAGCUGGCAAGUCUCUGAAAGGAAACUCUUCUUAGAUGGAAUGUAGGUAAAUCUCCUCUAGGACUGUAUGGGUUUAGCAUGAUAUAGGGUCUUGUGUGAUGGGGGGAUUGGCCACUGCUUAGUUAAUCCUCCUGACGUCGCAGCAGUGAAACGGAUCUGAAAACACAAGCAGCAAAGUCCGCUGUUAACUCACAUUCCCCCGUGGCGAUCGACUCCCUCCCGUCUUUCGUCUUCAUCUUUUGAGAUUCUAUGGUUAAUUGUAGAACCAUGCCCUAGUCAUUUCAAACAGGAACCCCCUGAAGUCACCUACUCAUUCAGUUUGGGAGCAGGACUCCUCCAUCUUGGGCCAUUGGGCACAGUGACUGUUUCCCUGAAGGUCCAAACUUUAUCUUCAUUCUUUUCACUGAAUCGUACACUCCUCAAGCAGUCUCUUUAAGCCAUUGUUCCCACACAAACAAGGUGAAUGUGGGGCUCUGCACAUUCUGGAUUUGAUUCGAGGAGUGUUCGCAAACAACACUGUAGCCCAAUCUUAAGACGAACCUUAACCCCUACCAUGAACCUUAACCCCUACCAUUAUGGUGGUCACAGAUCUGAAGGAACAGGAUAGGUUUAAGACAGUGACUCUAUCAGGGCAGCCUACAUGUUGAUGACUUGGAGCAAUCUGCAUAUUGCUUACACCUAUCCAGUCCCCCUUCAGAUCGGCAAAAACACACCAUAGGCUGGGAGUUUUGGACAGGGGUUCUAGAAAGGGGCCUUGGCUGUGUCCUAGUGUUUGCGGUGCAGUGUCUCCUGUUGCUGGAGCGAGAGUGCCCUCUAGUGGGGAGACUUGGCAGGCCAAGUUGACUGAUGUAGUCAUUUGACUAGUGUUUUUUGUUGUUGUCUUGUCGUGGUUCAUUUUAGUGGUCUCUGAGAGUGGAGCAAGUCUCUUGUGCCUUUACACUGAUAUCUUUUUCAUGGCUUUGUACUACUUUGAUUAAUAAACAACGUUGGUGUAACAAUGAAAUUCAGCAGGUCUGGAGUAGAAAGACACAGAACACCCUUCUUUAGGGGAACAGUUAGGAUGUCAUUCUCUAGGGAUACUACGAAUCCCUCUAUUUAUAUGGAUGGAGAAGUCUAAGGUUGCGUCUGAAAUGGCACGUUAUUCACUAUAUAGUGCACUGCUUUUGACCAGGAGGUCUAAAGUAGUCCACUGUGUAGUAGGGAGUAGGGUUCCGUUUGGGACUCACAUAUUGUUUAGCGUAACAAUAUGAAGAAGCUCAGUGAUGCUUUUGUCUAACAUGCUUUGCAAAGCAUAUAGAAAUAUAUAUGAAUCAGUUUCAUACUAAAUCCUCUAUAUAUUACUGCUAUAAAACAAUUACCAAGUUACUAAAAUGUGAUUUCUGAAAUGUGAUUUUGAAAUGAACAUAAAAACAGAUUAAUUUAAAAUUAGGUUCUUUUUUUUUCUUUGUCUUUUUAAUUUGAGGAUGAUGAAAUAAAUCUGUCUCCAAUAACAGAAUCUACAAGUUGAAUCCAGUUAUUUUAUAUCGAGACCAUUAUGUUGAAAUUGGUUGUUUUCUUCUUUUCUUCUUGCAAGGAUGUAUUUUUGUUUGUGAAUUAGUGUUAAAAACAUAAAUAAAAGUACCUAACUUAGA